CAUGGCUUUGCCAAUCAUCUUCCACCACGUGCUGCCCUUCCCAUUCCUUCCUCUUAACCCCACCACAUCUUCUUGGAAAAACUAGCCACGUAUAUGCAGCCUUGACCUUCCUAUCUUUCCUUCAACUAAUUCUUCUCGAUGUUAGUUGUAUAAAUUAAUAACACUCCAAACAUUUUUCUUUCUUCCUUGCCGUCUAGGGUUUUCACAAAGAGGGUUAAAUUCUUUGUUGUCCUUCUUGCUAUUUUCGGGGUUCAUAUAUGCUCAUAAUAUUGUUUAGUUUUAGAAGCCUGCAGCUAUAGCUAACUCUUGCCAUGAGUAACAAUGAAGCUAAUUCUCCCUUCGUAGAUAGGGAUCAAAAUGAGGGGCAAAGAGGCAAUAUUAGAUUGGAUUUACCGGAAGAUGGGUAUGAGUGGAAAAAAUAUGGCCAAAAGUUCAUCAAAGGCAUUGGAAAAUUCAGGAGCUAUUUCAAGUGUCAGAAAGCAAAUUGUAUGGCCAAGAAGAGAGCUGACUGGUCUCCUUCUGAGCCAGGCAGUGUUAGAAUUGCGUACGAGAAUGAGCAUUCUCAUGGCUCAAAUAACACAACCGGGGCUGCUGGCUCCUCUCAAUCUUCCAACAAUGCCAACCAAUAUAAUUUGUUAACUCAAUUUCUAGAAGAUCAACCAACUAAUUCUCAAAGGCCAGAAUCACAAUCAAAUUGAUUUGAAGUAAAUCUAAUUAAUUGUCACGGCUCAAGGUUGGAGAGUGUGACAUGGCUUAUAUAGACACAGUAAUUGACGUGAAAAACAGUAAGUGCGCACUCGAACAGGUCAGAAAAUUUAACUCGUGACAUAAUGCACUCCAAACUUCUCUCUCUCUCAA